ACCGUGUAAUGUAUUAUAUAACUACUCCUGUCUGUAUACAUGUCAUAUACAUGAGGUUCUGCAGCAGCUGAGGUGUUAUAUAGAAGCUUUAUAAUGUACCGUGUAAUGUAUUAUAUAACUACUCCUGUCUGUAUACAUGUCAUAUAUAUGAUGUUCUGCAGCAGCUGAGGUGUUAUAUGGAACCUUUAUAAUGUACCGUGUAAUGUAUUAUAUAACUACUCCUGUCUGUAUACAUGUCAUAUAUAUGAUGUUCUGCAGCAGCUGAGGUGUUAUAUAUAACCUUUAUGAUGUACCAUGUAAUGUAUUAUAUAACUACUCCUGUCUGUAUACAUGUCAUAUACAUGAUGUUCUGCAGCAGCUGAGGUGUUAUAUGGACCUUUAUAAUGUACCAUGUAAUGUAUUAUAUAACUACUCCAGUCUGUAUACAUGUCAUACAUAUGAGGUUCUGCAGCAGCUGAGGUGUUAUAUAGAACCUUUAUAAUGUACCAUGUAAUGUAUUAUAUAACUACUCUUGUCUGUAUACACGUCAUAUACAUGAGGUUCUGCAGCAGCUGAGGUGUUAUAUAGAAACUUAAUAUAAUGUACCAUGUAAUGUAUUAUAUAACUACUCCUGUCUGUAUACAUGUCAUAUAUAUGAGGUUCUGCAGCAGCUGAGGUGUUAUAUAGAAGCUUUAUAAUGUACCAUGUAUUAUAUAACUACUCCAGUCUGUAUACAUGUCAUACAUAUGAGGUUCUGCAGCAGCUGAGGUGUUAUAUAGAAGCUUUAUAAUGUACCAUGUAAUGUAUUAUAUAACUACUCCUGUCUGUAUACAUGUCAUAUACAUGAGGUUCUGCAGCAGCUGAGGUGUUAUAUAGACACCUUUAUAAUGUAUCAUGUAAUGUAUUAUAUAACUACUCCUGUCUGUAUACAUGUCAUACAUAUGAGGUUCUGCAGCAGCUGAGGUGUUAUAUAUAACCGUUAUAAUGUACCAUGUGAUGUAUUAUAUAACUACUUCUGUCUGUAUACAUGUCACAUACAUGAUGUUCUGCAGCAGCUGAGGUGUUAUAUGGAACCUUUAUAAUGUACCAUGUAAUGUAUUAUAUAACUACUCCUGUCUGUAUACAUGUCAUAUACAUGAGGUUCUGCAGCAGCUGAGGUGUUAUAUAUAACCUUUAUAAUGUACCGUGUAAUGUAUUAGAUAACUACUCCUGUCUGUAUACAUGUCAUAUUCAUGAUGUUCUGCAGCAGCUGAGGUGUUAUAUGGACCUUUAUAAUGUACCAUGUAAUGUAUUAUAUAACUACUCCAGUCUGUAUACACGUCAUACAUAUGAGGUUCUGCAGCAGCUGAGGUGUUAUAUAGAAGCUUUAUAAUGUACCGUGUAAUGUAUUAUAUAACUACUCCUGUCUGCAUACAUGUCAUAUACAUGAUGUUCUGCAGCAGCUGAGGUGUUAUAUGGAACCUUUAUGAUGUACCAUGUAAUGCAUUAUAUAACUACUCCUGUCUGUAUACAUGUCAUAUACAUGAUGUUCUGCAGCAGCUGAGGUGUUAUAUAUAACCUUUAUAAUGUACCAUGUAAUGUUUUAUAUAACUACUCCUGUCUGUAUACAUGUCAUAUACAUGAUGUUCUGCAGCAGCUGAGGUGUUAUAUGGACCUUUAUAAUGUACCAUGUAAUGUUUUAUAUAACUACUCCUGUCUGUAUACAUGUCAUAUAUAUGAGGUUCUGCAGCAGCUGAGGUGUUAUAUAGAACCUUUAUAAUGUACCGUGUAAUGUAUUAUAUAACUACUCCUGUCGGUAUACAUUUCAUAUACAUUAUGUUCUGCAGCAGCUGAGGUGUUAUAUAUAACCUUUAUAAUGUACCAUGUAAUGUUUUAUAUAACUACUCCUGUCUGCAUACAUGUCAUAUACAUGAUGUUCUGCAGCAGCUGAGGUGUUAUAUAGAAGCUUUAUAAUGUACCGUGUAAUGUAUUAUAUAACUACUCCUGUCUGUAUACAUGUCAUAUACAUGAGGUUCUGCAGCAGCUGAGGUGUUAUAUAGAAGCUUUAUAAUGUACCGUGUAAUGUAUUAUAUAACUACUCCUGUCUGUAUACAUGUCAUAUAUAUGAUGUUCUGCAGCAGCUGAGGUGUUAUAUGGAACCUUUAUAAUGUACCGUGUAAUGUAUUAUAUAACUACUCCUGUCUGUAUACAUGUCAUAUAUAUGAUGUUCUGCAGCAGCUGAGGUGUUAUAUAUAACCUUUAUGAUGUACCAUGUAAUGUAUUAUAUAACUACUCCUGUCUGUAUACAUGUCAUAUACAUGAUGUUCUGCAGCAGCUGAGGUGUUAUAUGGACCUUUAUAAUGUACCAUGUAAUGUAUUAUAUAACUACUCCAGUCUGUAUACAUGUCAUACAUAUGAGGUUCUGCAGCAGCUGAGGUGUUAUAUAGAACCUUUAUAAUGUACCAUGUAAUGUAUUAUAUAACUACUCUUGUCUGUAUACACGUCAUAUACAUGAGGUUCUGCAGCAGCUGAGGUGUUAUAUAGAAACUUAAUAUAAUGUACCAUGUAAUGUAUUAUAUAACUACUCCUGUCUGUAUACAUGUCAUAUAUAUGAGGUUCUGCAGCAGCUGAGGUGUUAUAUAGAAGCUUUAUAAUGUACCAUGUAUUAUAUAACUACUCCAGUCUGUAUACAUGUCAUACAUAUGAGGUUCUGCAGCAGCUGAGGUGUUAUAUAGAAGCUUUAUAAUGUACCAUGUAAUGUAUUAUAUAACUACUCCUGUCUGUAUACAUGUCAUAUACAUGAGGUUCUGCAGCAGCUGAGGUGUUAUAUAGACACCUUUAUAAUGUAUCAUGUAAUGUAUUAUAUAACUACUCCUGUCUGUAUACAUGUCAUACAUAUGAGGUUCUGCAGCAGCUGAGGUGUUAUAUAUAACCGUUAUAAUGUACCAUGUGAUGUAUUAUAUAACUACUUCUGUCUGUAUACAUGUCACAUACAUGAUGUUCUGCAGCAGCUGAGGUGUUAUAUGGAACCUUUAUAAUGUACCAUGUAAUGUAUUAUAUAACUACUCCUGUCUGUAUACAUGUCAUAUACAUGAGGUUCUGCAGCAGCUGAGGUGUUAUAUAUAACCUUUAUAAUGUACCGUGUAAUGUAUUAGAUAACUACUCCUGUCUGUAUACAUGUCAUAUUCAUGAUGUUCUGCAGCAGCUGAGGUUUUAUAUAGACACCUUUAUAAUGUACCAUGUAAUGUAUUAUAUAACUACUCCUGUCUGUAUACAUGUCAUAUACAUGAGGUUCUGCAGCAGCUGAGGUGUUAUAUAGACACCUUUAUAAUGUACUAUGUAAUGUAUUAUAUAACUACUCCUGUCUGUAUACAUGUCAUAUACAUGAUGUUCUGCAGUAGCUGAGGUGUUAUAUAGAAGCUUUAUAAUGUACCGUGUAAUGUAUUAUAUAACUACUCCUGUCUGCAUACAUGUCAUAUACAUGAUGUUCUGCAGCAGCUGAGGUGUUAUAUGGAACCUUUAUAAUGUACCAUGUAAUGUAUUAUAUAACUACUCCUGUCUGUAUACAUGUCAUAUACAUGAUGUUCUGCAGCAGCUGAGGUGUUAUAUGGAACCUUUAUGAUGUACCAUGUAAUGUAUUAUAUAACUACUCCUGUCUGUAUAUAUGUCAUAUACAUGAGGUUCUGCAGCAGCUGAGGUGUUAUAUAGAACCUUUAUAAUGUACCAUGUAAUGUUUUAUAUAACUACUCCUGUCUGUAUACACGUCAUACAUAUGAUGUUCUGCAGCAGCUGAGGUGUUAUAUAGAACCUUUAUAAUGUACCAUGUAUUAUAUAACUACUGUCUGUAUACAUGUCAUAUACAUGAUGUUCUGCAGCAGCUGAGGUGUUAUAUAGAAGCUUUAUACUGUACCAUGUAAUGUAUUAUAUAACUACUCCUGUCUGCAUACAUGUCAUAUAUAUGAGGUUCUGCAGCAGCUGAGGUGGUAUAUGGAACCUUUAUAAUGUACCAUGUAAUGUAUUAUAUAACUACUCCUGUCUGUAUACAUGUCAUAUACAUGAUGUUCUGCAGCAGCUGAGGUGUUAUAUAGAAGCUUUAUACUGUACCAUGUAAUGUAUUAUAUAACUACUCCUGUCUGCAUACAUGUCAUAUAUAUGAGGUUCUGCAGCAGCUGAGGUGGUAUAUGGAACCUUUAUAAUGUACCAUGUAAUGUAUUAUAUAACUACUCCUGUCUGUAUACAUGUCAUAUACAUGAUGUUCUGCAGCAGCUGAGGUGUUAUAUAGAAGCUUUAUAAUGUACCGUGUAAUGUAUUAUAUAACUACUCCUGUCUGCAUACAUGUCAUAUAUAUGAGGUUCUGCAGCAGCUGAGGUGGUAUAUAGGACCUUUAUAAUGUACCGUGUAAUGUAUUAUAUAACUACUCCUGUCUGUAUACAUGUCAUAUAUAUGAGGUUCUGCAGCAGCUGAGGUGUUAUAUAGGACCUUUAUAAUGUACCGUGUAAUGUAUUAUAUAACUACUCCUGUCUGCAUACAUGUCAUAUACAUGAUGUUCUGCAGCAGCUGAGGUGUUAUAUAGAAGCUUUAUAAUGUACCGUGUAAUGUAUUAUAUAACUACUCCUGUCUGCAUACAUGUCAUAUACAUGAUGUUCUGCAGCAGCUGAGGUGUUAUAUAUAAUCUUUAUAAUGUACCAUGUAAUGUUUUAUAUAACUACUCCUGUCUGCAUACAUGUCAUAUACAUGAUGUUCUGCAGCAGCUGAGGUGUUAUAUGGAACCUUUAUAAUGUACCAUGUAAUGUAUUAUAUAACUACUCCUGUCUGUAUACAUGUCAUAUACAUGAUGUUCUGCAGCAGCUGAGGUGUUAUAUGGACCUUUAUAAUGUACCAUGUGAUGUAUUAUAUAACUACUUCUGUCUGUAUACAUGUCACAUACAUGAUGUUCUGCAGCAGCUGAGGUGUUAUAUAGAACAUUUAUAAUGUACCGUGUAAUGUAUUAUAUAACUACUCCUGUCUGUGUACAUGUCAUAUACAUGAUGUUCUGCAGCAGCUGAGGUGUUAUAUAGAACCUUUAUAAUGUACCAUGUAAUGUAUUAUAUAACUACUCCUGUCUGUAUACAUGUCAUAUACAUGAUGUUCUGCAGCAGCUGAGGUGUUAUAUGGAACCUUUAUGAUGUACCAUGUAAUGUAUUAUAUAACUACUUCUGUCUGUAUACAUGUCAUAUACAUGAGGUUCUCCAGCAGCUGAGGUGUUAUAUAGAAGCUUUAUAAUGUACCAUGUAAUGUAUUAUAUAACUACUCCUGUCUGUAUACAUUUCAUAUACAUUAUGUUCUGCAGCAGCUGAGGUGUUAUAUGGAACCUUUAUGAUGUACCAUGUAAUGUAUUAUAUAACUACUCCAGUCUGUAUACAUGUCAUAUACAUGAGGUUCUCCAGCAGCUGAGGUGUUAUAUAGAAGCUUUAUAAUGUACCAUGUAAUGUAUUAUAUAACUACUCCUGUCUGUAUACAUGUCAUAUACAUGAUGUUCUGCAGCAGCUGAGGCGUUAUAUAGAGGCUUUAUAAUGUACCAUGUAAUGUAUUAUAUAACUACUCCUGUCUGUAUACACGUCAUAUAUAUGAGGUUCUGCAGUAGCUGAGGUGUUAUAUAGAAGCUUUAUAAUGUACCAUGUAUUAUAUAACUACUCCUGUCUGUAUACAUGUCAUACAUAUGAGGUUCUGCAGCAGCUGAGGUGUUAUAUAGAAGCUUUAUAAUGUACUAUGUAAUGUAUUAUAUAACUACUCCUGUCUGUAUACAUGUCAUAUACAUGAUGUUCUGCAGCAGCUGAGGUGUUAUAUAUAACCUUUAUAAUGUACUAUGUAAUGUAUUAUAUAACUACUCCUGUCUGUAUACAUAUCAUAUAUAUAUGAGGUUCUGCAGCAGCUGAGGUGUUAUAUAUAACCUUUAUAAUGUACUAUGUUCUGUAUUAUAUAACUACUCCUGUCUGUAUACAUGUCAUAUACAUGAGGUUCUGCAGCAGCUGAAGUGUUAUAUAGAACCUUUAUAAUGUACUAUGUAAUGUAUUAUAUAACUACUCCUGUCUGUAUACAUAUCAUAUAUAUAUGAGGUUCUGCAGCAGCUGAGGUGUUAUAUAUAACCUUUAUAAUGUACUAUGUUCUGUAUUAUAUAACUACUCCUGUCUGUAUACAUGUCAUAUACAUGAGGUUCUGCAGCAGCUGAGGUGUCAUAUAGAACCUUUAUAAUGUACCAUGUAAUGUAUUAUAUAACUACUCCUGUCUGUAUACAUGUCAUAUACAUGAGGUUCUGCAGCAGCUGAGGUGUUAGUGACUAUAUAAUGUGUUGUGUAAUGUAUUAUAUAACUACUCUUGUCUGUAUACAUGUCAUAUACAUGAGGUUCUGCAGCAGCUGAGGUGUUAUAGAUAAUCUUUAUAAUGUGCCAUGUAUUAUAUAACUACUCCUGUCUGUAUACAUGUCAUAUACAUGAGGUUCUGCAGCAGCUGAGGUGUUAGUGACGAUAUAAUGUGUUGUGUAAUGUAUUAUAUAACUACUCCUGUCUGUAUACAUGUCAUAUACAUGAGGUUCUGCAGCAGCUGAGGUGUUAUAUAGAACCUUUCUAAUGUACCAUGUAAUGUAUUAUAUAACUACUCCUGUCUGUAUACACGUCAUAUAUAUGAGGUUCUGCAGCAGCUGAGGUGUUAUAUAGAACCUUUCUAAUGUACCAUGUAAUGUAUUAUAUAACUACUCUUGUCUGUAUACAUGUCAUAUACAUGAGGUUCUGCAGCAGCUGAGGUGUUAUAUAGAACCUUUCUAAUGUACCAUGUAAUGUAUUAUAUAACUACUCCUGUCUGUAUACACGUCAUAUAUAUGAGGUUCUGCAGCAGCUGAGGUGUUAUAUAGAACCUUUCUAAUGUACCGUGUAAUGUAUUAUAUAACUACUCCUGUCUGUAUACAUGUCAUAUAUAUGAGGUUCUGCAGCAGCUGAGGUGUUAUAUAGAAGCUUUAUAAUGUACCAUGUAUUAUAUAACUACUCCUGUCUGUAUACAUGUCAUAUACAUGAGGUUCUGCAGCAGCUGAGGUGUUAGUGACUAUAUAAUGUGUUGUGUAAUGUAUUAUAUAACUACUCCUGUCUGUAUACAUGUCAUAUACAUGAUGUUCUGCAGCAGCUGAGGUGUUAGUGACUAUAUAAUGUGUUGUGUAAUGUAAUAUAUGUAAGAAGUUCUGCUGUUAUGUAACUGCUCGGUCCUUCCCGUCACGUCUAAGAGGUUGUGCAGCAGCUUCGGUGUUGGGGGCUCGUUCUCGUUAGGUAACGGCAGUGCCAAGUAAUGUGGGGCAAAGGUGGCACAGUGGCAGUGUCCACCCCCAGGAGCGGCGCUGUCAGGCGGCUGUGUCCUCCCCUUUGCCGGGUCCCCCUCCCUCUCCUCCUCCUUCUUCACACUCAGCUCUCUCCUCUCAGGCUGGAAGCUGCACUCGCUGAAAAUGGCGGACUGCAGCACACUGCUGGAUGAAGCGCUGGAGUCAUUCGUGUUCAGCUACCUGACUGACAGCCCGGAGCCUGGUGUGGAGCCUCUGUCACUGGACUUUCCCGAGAUCGAUCUGUCCCAGUUGGACGCCAGCGAUUUUGACACGAACAGCUGUUUUAAUGAGUUACAGUGGUGUAACGAUCAGUCGGAGAAUGAGUCCAGCCAGUUCAGCACCGAUGACUCUGAGCUGUUUCAGAUUGAUGGGGAAAAUGAGGCCUUACUGGCAGCCCUCACACAGACACUGGAUGAUAUUCAGGAAGAUGAUAUCAACUUUUCAGCCUUCAUAUCCUCUGGAGAUGGGGACAUCUACCCCGCACCUGCCCUUUCGCCAAAACCCAGCCGCCCAGCUGAAUUCCCUAAGAGUCUAGAAACUGAAGAUGAGCUGUCUAUACUUAAGAAGUUGCUUCUUUCUCCAGCACAGACACCCACAGGCUUUGAUACACACAAUGAGAGCAGCUCUCGACAUCAAGGAACCUCAAAGGUCCGUCUUCAGCGUCAGUGUUUGAAGGUGGAGAGUUCAACAGAAAGACCUGCUGGCAUUGCUCAAGCACUGGACAGAAGCUGUAGUGAACUGCACAGGCAUUUGGUAUCAACCACAUGUGUCCCUCAACCUGCAGCUAAGAAUGAAAGCAAUAACGAAGAACACCAAACAAAUGAAGAGGAGCACAGUGAAGAUGAAUCUGCGAGCUCUUCAGCAGUGUUUGCUUUACAAGGUCAAGAGCCACAGUUCACCUGUGAGAAGGAAAAGCAAGUGGUGGUAGACCUCAUUCGGUAUAUGCACACCUACUGCCUUCCACUCAAAAAGCAUCAUAGUGAUGAAAAACACCAGCAAUCUAACAGUCUCUUGAAGAGACGUAAAAGCGAUUCCACACAGUCCUUGCAUACUUUUGAAAAUAAAGUAAACUUGGCAAAUGCCAAAGGGAGCUGUCUUGCAUUGGGCAUGGUUAAAAGGACAAGGCGAACCCGGUCUGGGUCCUCCAUUCUGAAAGAACUCCUAGCAAGAGACAUUUGUGAGGACGUGAGCAAGCCAUACCGGCUGGCACAGCCAGUAUAUGCAGCAUUCUCUCAUUUAUCUUGUAGCCAUUUGCUCCAAGAUAAAAUAGAAGGAGGGUUGGGGAAGGGGAUCAGACCUGUGCUUGAAAAAACUGUAAAGCCAUAUCUGGCUCUCAGGAAAGAGGGCCAAUGUAUAGGGGCAGAUUGUGGAAGCCCAGCACAAAAUGCUCUAGAGCCGGUGACCAAUAAAUCUGCUUCUAAACAGGAAUGCUCUGUUUAUGUGAGACGUUCGAGCAGACUAAACCCAGAGUUCUGGUUUAAUGAAGAAGCAUCCCCACAGACAUGUACAGCACGGAGAGAUGCUGACAGCCAGCCCCCAGACGCACAGAACCUCUGUUUGACAUUGGAACCUUUUGUUGAUGAAGAGCAGGUUGCUGAAAUAGAAGUUGAUGAGUCAAAUCAAACAAAUGGCCAGAUAGAACUGGACAGAGCACUACUGGAGUUGGAUAUCCUUGAGAGUGAUGCCCUUGAAGCACACAGUGACAUUGUCAACCAACAGUAUCAUCCCCUAGAUAAUACCAGAUGCUCUCCAUUGACUUUGACUGAAACCAGCUCUGCAUUUGAGAAGAGAACUUUUGAGCAAGGACUUACUGUUGAGCUGUGUGGGACUGCAGGACUAACCCCACCCACUACUCCCCCAUACAAGCCUGCAGAAGAAGACAUGUACAAACCAGAGAUAAGUCCGGAAUCUGUAAAUAAAGGUCCAAUCAUGAAAGAACCUGCUGAAGAACCUCUGUCUGUAAAUAGGAAGCUUUCAAAGAAGCAGCCAGAGAGGACUGAACUAUUUGCACAUCUGAGUCGAACGGAGUCCCUUGCAGCAAACUCUCUGUCCCUGGGAAUUAAAAGGCCAUUUUCCCGGUCUUUUGGAGACCAUGAUUAUUGCCAGGUUAAUAAAUCCGAAACUCUGGUCCAGAGAAAAGUACUGAAGUCUCUAGAUAUCCCAAGAUAUAGUGAAAAGAAAAAGAAGCAGCCGGUACCUCAAGUACCACAGAGAAAAAUCACUAAAGGGUCUUUAACCCAAGACAGUAAAGUGUUAAAAGACCAUGAGAUUCGAGCAAGUCUCACCAAGCAUUUUGGGUUUCCAGAUAAUACUCUUAAAGAAGAGGAUGAUGUUACAUGUAUUAACCCUGAGUAUGACUCUGUUUUUGAGGACAGUGACAGUGACUGCAGCUCUGCUGAUGAGGUCUGCCUGUCACCUAUUAGAACAAAGUCGUGUUCUAGAAGGAGUCCCCAACCCAAGCUACAGAGCUAUCGUCCGAGUCAGACCUCUGCUAGAAUCAUAAGCUUGUCUGACAGCAAGAGGACAAACAGCAGAUAUGAAAGCAAUGAGCAGAGACAGACUGGAAACUUGAGCCAGAGGCAAAUCCAAGGGCGGAGGCAAAAGGCAAUUGAUGAAGGGCGCCUCAUCUGCAUCAGAAACCUUUCCAACAGCAUUAAUGCUAAUGAGCUGAAGAGGAGGUUUGAAGUCUUUGGAGAGAUCACUGAAUGUCUCGUCCUUAGCAGAAACAGGGGAGAUAAAUACGGUUUAAUCACAUAUCGUUGUCAUGAGGACGCUGUGUUGUCCCUAAAGAAGGGCACUUCCCUGAGAAAAAGGAAUGAGCCUGCAUUUUAUAUGAGCAGCGGAGGUCUCAGGCACUUUUUUUGGACUAAAUACACUGAUCUAGAUUCAAAUGCAGUGGAGCCAUCGUCGGAUGGACUGAAGAGCAAGUACGAGUCCAUGGAUUUUGACAGCUUGCUGCAGGAGGCACAGAGAAGUCUGCAUCGAUGACAGCCUUAUUUUGGAGGAGUACCUCAAUACCUCAGUCAAGGCACUUCCAACAUGUUUACGUUUUCGAAACAAAGUGGAAUACAGAUACAAAAAGACGUUAUCCUUUUGAAUUGAUGUUUACAUUGAACAAAGCUGCUUCUGUAUGUGAUCUUCCCAUGGUGUUGCUGUCUCACUGCCGCAUUUGAGUAUCCUUGCAUUUUUCGGGUGCAUCUGUAGACAUAACAUCCUUUGCCCUCCCCUCGUGAUUGCAGCUGUGUUCUCCAAAACAUUUUUGUCUGUAGUGUGUAAAAUGAACCACCACAAAGUCUUUUGUGAAUAGUCUGUAUUACAAAACUACUUUUAAUAGAAAGAAAUAUAUAUUCUUUAAAAAAAAAAAUUAAUGUAUUUAUGGUUCACAUGUACUGUAUUUCAUAUUGUCGUUUGCUUCAUUUUGAACUAUGCACUCUAGUGAGGUGUUUGCAAAAGAUGCGAUUUAAUCCUUGGCACGGACUGUACAGGUGGACAAUCUGAAGGGGGGGCGUUGAAAACGUAGAUGACCUUGAAGAUAAAAUCAAGUCAAUGUGUCAGAAUAUUGGAUCUCACCGUCUGGAGAGCCUCUUGUCCUUGUUGGUUUUUCCUCCUGCCUUUCCCACAGUUUUCUUUCUAGAAUUUUAACCUCUCCUUUUAUAUUAGUUCAAAUCCAGUCGGAAACUCGCACAAAAAAAAUGAACUUAAUACUAUCUGACGUUCACAUUCCUUUCUCAGAGUUGAUGCUGAAGAUGAGAACGUUUGUGCAGCAGGUAUCAGUCCACCAGGCCCGUAAAGAAAAUACAGUUUCUAGAUCUGAUCACCUUGGCAUAUGGUCCAGCAAAUCGGAACGACUGACUUGCAGGCAGGAUUUAAUUUUGCAUUUCAGGUGUCCCAUAAAUCCAGUAUUCACCAUCUAGGGUUGUAUGUAAGUGCCCUGUAUCCUCAAGUACCAUACGUUCAGUGGAUAAUGUUUCCUGUUACAUGCUUUCCCAAAGAUUACCAAUGAGAUAAGCCUCCUUCACACCUUAUGGUAUGCAUUGAUUUCACGAUAUCAUGAUGUGACUGACAGCAAUAUACAGCUGGAAUAAUGCCCGCCAUAUCCUGACCCAGACAGCAAUGUUCCUUGGUUAACAUUUUAGCUUAGUAUAUAAAAGCCAUUCUUUUUAGUGACUUGGAAGCGUUGUAAAUAGCAUCAUCUACACUUGAGAACUGGGACUGCUGAAGCCGCUUUAUAUAUGUUUACCAGGGUAGAUUAGAAUGUAGGAUUAAGCCAUUAUGUGUAGUUUAGGAAACAUAGCCUUAUAUAGUUACCGGUAGAUACCGCCGGUCUUAUUUUUUUAUGUUUUGCCAAAGUUUCCAGCAGCUCCCGCAAACCCCAGGAUUGAACAUACCUCUUUGGCAAACACCUUAUUGUAGAUCUGCCUUUCUCUGUCAUAGUAUUCCCAUACAACAAUGAUGUUUACAUGUGAUUGCUAUAUAGUUUACUGUAGGAUACAAUAUAAAUAUCUAUAUAUAAAGAAAUAUAUAUGAAUAUGAUGUUGCCCUUAGGGUGAAUCGUUACGUUUUGUGCUGUGCUGAUAGAUUUGAGAACAGUGUAUGGAAUAGUCUCAGAAUAGACGUCUACAGUUUACACAAAGCACAUGUUGCAUUGGGGAUUCAGUUGCGCAAGGAUUAAAAAUGGCAGUGGAAGGUGGGCGACUCCUUGGAGCUUAUGCGUGGCCAGUGAAUCCCCUGCUUCUAAUGUCCUAGUAGUGCUUCCUUUUGCUGACCGACUUUGUCUUGCUCUUUAUUCUGACAGUGGACAUGAUGGCAGAAGCUUUCAUGAAUAUUGAGUCAUAACUUGGUGUUUUGAGGGAUUUAACUAUUAAGAAUUUAUUUCCAUGAGGCCUUUAGAUAUUGUUUAGCAAGCUUCUUGUCCAGCAAUUAUGCAAAGCAUACACGCACAGGUAGUCUUAUAGCGGGUCCACCACUAGUAUCUGCAUUAAUAGACCAUGUUCAAUUAUCGUUGUUUAUUACAUGGUGUGCACUUAACACCUAUGAAUGUAUUUCAUGGUAGCUUGUGGCCUGUGAUAACGGUGACAAGGAUAUCGUUUGUGAUUGUUGUAUUAUAAAAAUUCUUUCAUUUAUGGGAUAUGCUUAUAGUCUGCUCAGUUAGGUUAUACAGUUUAUUUCCAGAUGGCUUGUCCUUUUUUGAAUUGGGUUGGGCAAGUUUUUGCAAGUUUUAAACAAAGUACUUUGCAAGUUUUAAACAAAGGUUGAUGCUAAAGGCUUAUUUCCAUCUGGACAUUUUUGACAUAUGCACAAGAUAUCCCGUGAAUGUCCGAUAGGUGUAGAUCUCAUCUCGAAAACGGCAUCCGCUAGAUGGGGUCUCAUUCUUGAGAUAUGUGUGGGUCCCACCUCUGAGACCUGCACCUGUUGGAUAUUUAUUGCGAAUGUCAAGAUGUGAAUAUGUAUGCUAUGUUCUCUUGAAAAAUUCUAGAACUGAAGGCUAAAUGCCAAAAUCAGUGAGUAGAAACUGUCUCGGAAAGCAUCAGAUUUGGGGGUGAGGUGGCAUUGCUGGGCCUUCUAUCUGUUUAUGCAAAAAGCAAUAGCCUUUGUGACUGCUUAAUUGCCCGACCACUCAAUCAACGACCAUAGUGUUCAGAUAAUAUCCUUUGGAAAUUAUAGGGAUUUUCCAGGAUUUUACUACUGAUGACCUGUCCUCAGGAUCCAUAGGUCAUCAGUAUCUGGUCGAUGGGGAACCCCCACCAAUCAGAUGUUUGAGAAGGCACCAGAGCUCCAGGCCUUUUUGCAGCUUACCAAGCACAGCGCCCUACAUUGUCUAGCAGCUGUGCUUGGUAUCAUGCUCAGCCCCAUUCACUUCAAGGAUCAUUGGGACCCAACAGUAUUUCCAUUAAGUAUGUUAUUAACCUUCUCAAUGUAAGUUCUAGAAAUUUGGGAAUCCUUCAAGAUAAUUCAAGAUCACAAAUUAUAUAUAGCAAAGUAUUAAAUAUAUGUCCGGACUGACAUAAUAGGUAACAUUUUAGUUGAACUACAAAUGAAAUAAAAAAAUAUCUCAUACAUUAACAACAUGGUUUGUUUAAAUAAGAAAAAUAAAGUAUGUUCCAGUAGCUGAUGAAAGUGAAACCAAACAGACUUUAUUGAUACAACUCCAUAAAAUCCAUCAUAAACACCAUUGGUCACCGCUUACACAUUUCAAUAACUUUGAAACGCGUAAGCAGUCACUAUGAAGGAUUUUAUGGUGUUGCAUUCAUAAAGCCUGGAUUGUCUUUUCUUUCAUUGAAUAGUGAAGUGUACUUCUAUUUGAACUGCUGCUUAUAGCCUUACAUGUCUGUGCAUCCGCCAUCACCGAGAUGAGUUGACUGUAUACCUUUGUAUAUGUUAAGUACUUACACUACUACAUACAUAUGUAUGUAAAGACUUGCCUAAUGUAUUAUAGGUGUUAUCUGACUGAUGCUAUUCUCCAUAAUGGACUGUUAUUUUAGGAUAAUGUUGUCAACAUCUCGCCCUGUAUGAUAGCAUCUGGGGAAGCCAUAACCAUGUGAGCACAUCAAAGGUAGUUAGCUUUGUUGCAUCUUCACAAACAUGAUGUUUUAGCUUAUUCAAAUCAUAAAAGCACCGUGAAGCUGUAUAUGGCAAAUGGUGGAGUAUUAUUUUAUAGUUCUUCGGGAUCUAUAUUUUUUGCUAAUCUCAUUCAUUAAAUAUCAGUAAUAUCUUCUUCAUAAAGAAAUCCUUUCUGUCCAAUUUAAGAAAAAGCAAUAUGUCAGCUCCAUUAAUAUGUGGGCUAUGAUGGUGGUAGUUCAUCUAACUGAGCUAACAAUCAUUUGUAGUUCUGGCUGGUCAGAGAUACUAUUUCCUUAGGGCUCAUGCACACGACCGUAUUUUGCAUCCGUGUGCGAUCCACAUAUUUUUUUUUUCCAGAUAGAACCAAGACUAAUUCAUUUCUAUAGAUUUGCAAAAAAAUAAAAAUAAAAAUCUGUGUGCUGUCUGCAUCCGUAUGUCCGUUCCGCAACUUAUAGAACAUGUCCUAGCCUUGUCCUUAUUGUGGACAAGAACAGUCAUUUCUACUAUAUAGGAGUAAGAAAAAUGUGCAGUACACGCGAAAGGUAUCCGUAUUUUGCAGAUCCAUGGUUUGUGGACAACAAUACUGACACAGUCAUGUGCAUGAGGCCUUAAGCAGACAAAGUUUUUUAUGUUCAUAUUAUGGGGUAGCUAAGAAAAUAAAAAAUAAGAAAUCUAUUAAUAAUUUGUUUUUAAAAUACACUAUAACAUCUGUUCACACUCAUUGGGGACAGUUGUCUUAUUCCUUUUUUUGUCCAUUGUUUUGAUGUGGUGUUGUUUUUUUUAUUGUAAUAUAGAAUGUAAUUGUUUUCUACAGAUUGGUUUAUUUUCACCAUGUACAUACAUUCCUGUUUCUUGCUUUGUUUGCCCUGUUUUUAAGGAGUGUCUAGUAGGACUUUGCCUUCUUAUUCAUCACCAAUCAUAAGCAAUAGUAUAGAAGAACUGGUUGCCCCCCUCCCUUAUUGAUGUUGGUAUGACCAUGCAUUUGCAUUUUGGAGUUACCUUGUUUAGCUUUCCAACCACAACUGUCUAUUGGACCAUGUUAGGAAGAUUGUUGGUUUGGUGCUUUAUGCUGGGUAGAUGUGCUCCUAAGCUUUUACUCUAGAAUGUAAUAAUCUAGAUCAUGGUGCAUGGGGCAUUACUAUGAAUAACAUAAGGAUGAUGGAUAUUUUGUAUAUAAUUUAAUACAUUUUAAUAGGACGGUGUAUGGUUUUUGCCACACCACAUCAGCUGUGUUAUUUAUAAUUACAGGAUAAAUCUAUUUUUUUUAAAGAACACUGCUAAUUAUUGAAUUAAUGGUUAAUAUGUAUGAAUGAUUUGUUUGUUGUUUUAUUCAUGGUAGAGGGUUAUUUUUUCUUUUUAUAUUUCACUUUUUAAUUUUAGUUGUAUCUUUUUAUUUAUGUACCAUACAUUUAUUUUCAGAUGGUAUGUAUUGCCAUGCCAUUUCCUUUAUUUUUUAUUUUUAGUGUGAUUUAACUGUCUACCUUAUAAAGAAGAGAAUGUUUUACUGUAUUUUUACAUUGUCAGAUCCUAUAGUUUCAUAGAUGAUAAUUUAACCAAAAUCACUCAGUGUAUUAUCCAGUGAAUAUAAAAUAUAUUUUAAAUUGUGUAAAUACUUUCUGGACUGGCUUAUUUUACUCGAGUUCUAUUCCUCUGGAUAAGGAGUUUCUUGUUUACAUUACAAAAUAAACUGUAGAAUCUCUACAUUCAUGUACUGUAAAUAGCAAUUGUGUUCAGCCUAUGAAUAAAACUAAACCGUGGAUGGUAAAAGAUUAUCCACUA